UGUUUGUGUUUACUCCUAAACCGUCCUUUCUAGUACAUUCGUUAUUCGUUAGUUUUCUUUUGUAUCUUAUUUGUUGUGGUUUUAUUAAUUAUAAAAUAAAUUUUAUUUUCAACUAUUCAAUUGUGAACAAAUCAUGAAGAUAAAAGUUGUACUUUUCCGAUCUAUUAGAUUUCCACAUGAACCUCUUUUUCUCGAAUGUUUGUCUAUGAUCGUGUAAUCGGGACUUCCUGUACUUUGACUUGUACGUACUCAGGGAUAGUAAUAAUUGUUAAAAGAAUAGGAAGGACUGAAGUUCGUUUCGCGUCUAAAAGUUUGAGUAUCAAUAUAAAGUGAUUAAUAGAAUUUGUACAAUACAUAGAAUUACUAUUGUAAUCCAUUUAUCGUUAAAAGUCAUUUUCUUUCUUUUACAGACAACAGCAUAUAAUGAAUAAAAAAAUAUAUGCAUGUAACUGAAUAUGGUGAUACAUUAAUGUUAUUGAUUGGAAAGAAUUAUAAUAUAGAUACAAUUUGUUAAGAAUAGGAUAGAUAAAUUUGCAACAAUCUAUAAUGGACAAAACACCUGUAUCUAUUUUACAUGAAAUAAUGGCGAAAAAUCUAGCAACGCCUAAUUAUGAGCUUAUACAUGACGGGGGAGGCACACAUAUAAAUACCUUUACAUAUCGGGUAACAUGCGAAGGUCUUACUGCUACUGGUGUUGGACGUUCUAAAAAGGAUGCAAAGCACGAAGCUGCAAAGGCAAUGUUAGAAGCUAUUGCAGCACGUAGAGGUUAUCUACAAUUACCAGCAUCGCCAGCACAAUCUUCUGUAAGAACCCCUUUACCACCAACAAUUCCUGAGGUAAAAAGAACUCCACCAGAUGUACCAUUUAUUAAUGCAGUUGGUGCUUUACAAGAUUUAUGUAUUGAAAACAAUUUACAAGAACCUAAGUAUAAGCAAAUUAAUGAGGUUGGACCUCCACAUGCAAAAAUUUUUAGUAUUCAGUGCUCAGUAACAACUUUUAAAGAAACUGGUAUUGCAAGGACAAAAAAGCAAGCUAAACAGGAGGCUGCUAAAAAGAUGUUAGAUAAAAUAAACGAUUUGACAACUGGCUUAAGCAUCGGAACUAAAAAAGAAUUAGAUGAAAGGAAAGAUUAUAGUCAAAUUGCUAAAGCUCGAUAUCCUGCACUUUCAAGGUUACCUACAUCUAGAAAAAUUAACUUAGGUGUUAAGAUAUCAGAGUAUCAUAUACAGUUUAAGCAUUUGUUUGAUACUGAAAUGCAGAAAGAACUAAUUCAAAAAUUAGCAUCUAUUAUUCCACAAGAUGAAAAUGAUAUUUCUGAAGAAUUUGUAGAAGGUCUGCUAGACAAAUUACGAGAGGUCUUGGCAAUCAUAGGGUUAGAUAUAACAACUUCAGUAUUCCCUUCAAUUACAGAGAAGUUUGUUGUAACUAUGAGAAUAGAUACAUCUCCUAGUAUUGUUGAAUUUGCAGUAGGAGAUACAAAAACAGAAGCACACAUGCAUACAAUAACAAAAUUGAUUAAAACUUUCAUACUUCUUUUAAAAUAAGGAUAGAAUAACUAUACAUAAAAUAAAUAAAUUUUAAAAUA